CGCAAAACAAUAUGGCCCCCGCAAUGUUGGGCUACCGGUAACGAUGACCGAGGAUCCGUGACUGACAUCACCUUCAAGCCCGGUAUAUAUAAAGUCAUCUUGAUUCCCAAGUUCAGAUGUUCUGUAAACCCUCAUAAUUUCGCAUGAUCUAUUUUCACCGGAGAACUGGCCAAUAUGGGCGACGGCACUACCACCAAACCCACCUCCCUCCCACCAUGCCGCCGCUACAUCUGUUCCCACACUCCAGAUGGAAAGUCGGUCUUUCUCCCCUCCCCUGAGCAAAUUUACCGUGGCCGUGACGGCGUCGGUGGGGUCGCGCGGUCAUAUUCCGUUGAGACCGUCCCCGCGAAACUCGCAGACGAUCAAGACGUAAAAGCAUAUCUCUCCCCCCACGGUGACGUCAGUCACUUGGGCCAAAAUAUCGUCGUCCCGAACUUGAAAGGUUCCAAUUGCCUGGUCAUAGAUCUCGGACCGGGCGGUGAAAGUCAGAUGCACCAGACGGUUUCGAUCGACUUCAGCAUCUGUGUUAUCGGAACUAUAGACAUGGAGCUGGACGGAGGAGAGAGGGUUAGGUACUAUGCACAAGUGGAUCAAUGCCUCCAAGACCGAGCCAGCAAGAUUCAUAGGAGUGACUUUGCCAUGCGAGCCCUUCAAAAUUGGCGAGGAGAUGCUUGAAGAGAAGCAUAUCCGAGGGACGGGGGCGUUGCAGCCAAAUGGAUCGAGGCUAUAGAACUCGAAGGCAAAAGUGAAUUGCAUACGAAUGAUUCCAACAAUUCCUAUGCUACCCGAUGCCGGAAAGUCGUCGUUAAAACAUGAUUGGACCGCUGUAUAGUCAGGGAGAAGAGUCUUGUAUAAGUCCAGAACACGUUAUUAAUGUGAACGUGGAAUCGAAUGUUAUGCCCUUGGAAAAACCAUUAUGGGUUCUGGAAACUCGAGACUGCCAAGGGUGUAUCGUUGGCUUCUGGAUCCUGUAACGUUACAAGUGCAGUCAUACCGUUGCGAUCGAGAGAGUACCCAGUCAUUUUAGCUCAAAAUGCCGCUAGAGCCAUAUAUUUG